AGGGGGAACAAACCAAGUAUCCGGGAUAGAUAAAGAGGACAUGGAUCCUGAGGAUACAGAACAGCUGGCUGCUGAGAUGCGUGGAAAGACUGUCGAUGGCUGGGGCCUACUGCAGAUUGCCGCCGGGACUGGUCUGGCUGCCUAUGUUGUGUGGGCAGGAAUUCUCAUGCCUGGGUUCCACAAAGUGCCUUUAAAAUUACAGGUGCCAUAUAUUCCAGCAAGUGCCAAACAAGUGGAGAACGUGAUGCUGCUACUGGAAGGCCGCUCUGGAAAGAUGGUGGAUUUAGGAUCAGGAGAUGGCAGAAUUGUCCUGGAGGCCUACAGACGAGGCUUCAGACCUGCUGUCGGCUACGAACUCAAUCCGUGGCUGCUGCGGCUGUCCAACUAUCGUGCCUGGAAGGCUGGGUGCUACAGCAAGGUUUCUUACUGCCGAGAGGAUCUGUGGAAGGUGGAUCUGUCAGACUGUUUUAAUGUAACUGUGUUCCUGGCACCUAGUGUGCUGCAGCUUCUGGAAAGAAAGCUGCUCAUGGAACUUCCCGACGAGGCCCGAGUGGUAGCCGGGCGCUUUCCACUGCCCAGCUGGCCUCCCACACGUGUGGCUGGGGAUGGACUGAAUAAAGCCUGGGCCUAUGACCUCAAGCAGGUACGGCAAGCCUGGCAGGACAAUACGGAAGGAACCUCAGUAUAAGAACUGAAGCCGAUGGAUGCCAUUCUUGCCUACUAAGGAAGGUUGGCCCUUUGUUCAGCCAAAGGUCUCUUGAAGUGCCGGUUGCAAAGGGAGCAGAGAGGGAAUGGCAACGUGUCAAUCUGGCCGGCCAAACCCACGUGAUCUGGGCUUCUCCCAAUCGCAGUCCUGUCUGGCUGAGGAUGCCAGUUCUGGAGAUUCCCUUGAGCCGUUGCCCCAAAAUGGGGCAGGCUAAUUGAUGGGGUUUUAAUGCACUUACUUGUUUUAAUUUAUUUGCAGUGAGCUCUCCCAAUAUAUGCGGUACCUUGGGAAGCGACGUUUUAGGUCUAAUUAUCACUGAGGCGGUGCCUUUCUGUGUGGCCUUUCUCAUUUUGGACAGUAGGGGAGGGCUUACUUGAUCCUCUCAUGCAAAAAGAAAAUCCCUGCACAUAGAAAGCAGGCAAGUCAGAGGCUCUCUACACGAGACAUCAGACACGUGAAGAACACGUGUCGGGAGAUGCAAAUGUCAGCCGGGAAGGGAAAUUUAAAAAGAGAGAGCCGGCGGCAGGGCAAAGGCUUUGCUAUACUCUGGAGCUGUGUGAAGGAGCGGUGAAAUGCCAGAAGGGAAACGUUAGCCCAGUAUAACUGCUCCAGGUCCAAGCCUACUGGAAGGCAGCUCCAACCAGUUCCAUUCCUGGCUGCCCUCUGGUUGCGAUCCCACACAGUUUGACUGGACAGGUGAAAUUGACAGAGCCUUCUGGGAGGGGAAGAUGAAAUUAACAAGCCCUCUGAGGAGCGAUCUCCGCCAGCUCUGUCUUUUUAAACUACCCUUCCCGGCUAUCAUUGCAUCUCCCUACACUUGACCAACACGUGCCGAGGUGUCUUGCGUAGAGAGACUGUCAGAGAUACGGCUAGAACACUCCUGCCUACCCAGCCAGUUUUCUAGGUGUGGGGUGUCUGUGUGGACAGAGGCAUUUCCAGUUGUUCAUUCAAUCUGAUGAGUGGUUGGGGUGUCUCUGUUGCCAUAGCAGUAGGGCAGCUUCAUCGUUUCUCUGUGUUUAAUUGGCCUCUCCCCAUACUUGGGACCACCUGAGCACAGGCCCUUCCCAGGAAAUGUUGCUACUUACCCUUUGUAGUUUGUAAUUAACAGGUUGAGAAUGGACUCGGUGGAUCAAGUUCAAUGUCUCCGUUUGUUUAAAAACAGAUUAUUUUAUAUACUUUAACUGUGAGCUUCUUGUAACACACUAGUGGUUCUCUCAGAGAAUUACUGAGCUAGAAAUUCAUUUUAAAAGAAACAGAAAAGGUUGUGGUUCCUGGGAUGCUGAACUGUGCAUGAAAAUAUUGUUUUACUGUGCUUGUGUGAUAGAGGUUGCUGAAACCAUAUAUUGUUGCUUUAAAAAGCCACCCCACAAAAACCAAACUCUGCUUUGGAAACCAAUGCAAGGGCAUAAACUUCAGCAGUAAAGGACAAUUGCUUGGAGUAUGUUUGGGGGAGGAUACAAAUAUUA